GCUCCGGGCCCCCGGGCGGCCCACGGGCGCAGCGCCCAGCAGCGCUGGGAGUCGCUCGGACGCCGACGGGGACCGCUGAGGCCAUAGGCUCGCUGGGCCCCGAAAAAGUUCGGGGCCGGAUUUCGGUAGCGCCGGUCGGCGGGACCCAUGGAGGCUCGCGGGGAGCUGGGCCCGGGCCGGGAGCCGGCGAGCGGCGACCUACUGCUGGCGCUGCUGGCGCGGAGGGAGGACUUGCGCCGAGAGAUCCCGCUGUGCGCCGGCUGCGACCAGCACAUCCUGGACCGCUUCAUCCUCAAGGCGCUGGACCGGCACUGGCACAGCAAGUGCCUCAAGUGCAGCGACUGCCACACGCCGCUGGCCGAGCGCUGCUUCAGCCGCGGGGAGAGCGUGUACUGCAAGGAGGACUUCUUCAAGCGCUUCGGGACCAAGUGCGCCGCGUGCCAGCUGGGCAUCCCGCCCACCCAGGUGGUGCGCCGCGCCCAGGACUUCGUGUACCACCUGCACUGCUUCGCCUGCGUCGUGUGCAAGCGGCAGCUGGCCACGGGCGACGAGUUCUACCUCAUGGAGGACAGCCGGCUGGUGUGCAAGGCGGACUACGAGACGGCCAAGCAGCGAGAGGCUGAGGCCACGGCCAAGCGGCCGCGCACGACCAUCACGGCCAAGCAGCUGGAGACGCUCAAGAGCGCCUACAACACGUCGCCCAAGCCGGCGCGCCACGUGCGCGAGCAGCUCUCGUCCGAGACCGGCCUGGACAUGCGCGUCGUGCAGGUGUGGUUCCAGAACCGCCGGGCCAAGGAGAAGAGACUCAAGAAGGACGCGGGCCGGCAGCGCUGGGGCCAGUACUUCCGCAGCAUGAAGCGCGCGCGCGGCGGCUCCAAGUCCGACAAGGACAGCGUCCAGGAGGAGGGGCAGGACAGCGACGCCGAGGUCUCCUUCACCGAAGAGCCCCCCAUGGCGGAAAUGGGCCCUGCCAACGGUCUCUACGGCAGCCUGGGGGAGCCCACCCCGGCCUUGGGCCGGCCCUCGGGGGCCCCGGGCAGCUUCCCGCUGGAGCACGGAGGCCUGGCGGGUCCGGAACCCUACCGAGAGCUCCGCCCCGGCAGCCCCUACGGCGUGCCCCCGUCCCCGGCGGCCCUGCAGGGCCUCCCCGGGCCCCAGCCCCUCCUUUCCAGCUUGGUGUACCCCGAUGCCAGCCUGGGCCUUGUACCCGCGGGGGCCCCGGGCGGGCCUCCGCCCAUGAGGGUGCUGACAGGGAACGGCCCCAGCUCCGACCUGUCCACCGGGAGCAGCGGGGGCUACCCCGACUUCCCCGCCAGCCCCGCCUCCUGGCUGGACGAGGUGGACCACGCCCAGUUCUGACCUAGGCGCCGGCCCCGCUGAGCACCGGACUUGAAGGGUCUGGCCCCCGGAGCCGCCCCUGGCUGGGUGGCCUGGAGCUGCUCUCUCCCCUUCCCCGGAGCCUUGGACCUCCGGGAGGAGCAGGUGCCACAGCGGGGGACAAGAUGAUGUCCGGGGGGGGGGGGUUCUGUGCAGCUCCGGGCCGACAGGCUCACCCGGGAGCAGGGACAAUCUCGCCCGCUCCCCCGGGGACGCAGGGCCGGCUGCCUGGAGGCCGCCCAGCAAGCCUUGUUUUGCAGGCGGAUUCCUCUCCCACCCCGCCCCGCCCCGCCCAGGCCAGGCACUCCCUGGAGCCCCUUCCCCCCCGGCCCGGUCCAGCCCGGUGGGAAGAAGCUUUAGCCUCUAACAUUGAAAAAAGACUGCAGGCCACACUUUCAUUUCUCCGGUUCUGUCUGCCCGAGCUGCGCCGCGCUCCGGCCCCCACUCUGGGUCAGAGACGGGCCUCCCCUGUCCAGGCAGGAAGUGGCAGUGGGGCAGGGGGAGCGCACAUUUGUGUCCUUUCUGCGCCCUCCGGGAGCCUCCCUGCCGCCAGCCCUGCCUUCCCCAGGAGCCUCCUCGCCCCUCCGCGCCGGGGCACGGGGCCCUGGUUGUUCUGGUUCUGGCUCGACUCCACCACCCUGUGGAGUCGACGGGAUCCCCGCGGGCGCCCCGGUCUCGGGAUCGGUCUUCGCAGCCCAGGCGCAGCUCCCUCCCCGCGCAGCCUGAGUUCCAGCCCCUCCCCCUCCAGGCCACGCCCAGCCCACCCAUUUCCGUUGCCAAACAGCCCCCCGCCCCCACCCCCCCACCUCCGCCCCCCAGCUGCCUGUAACUGCCGCGGGCUGGACCACAGCCAUGGGAGGCUGGGGGCGGGGCUCCUCG